UUUGGUAAGCACCACCGGAAGCCGUUCUUUUAACCUGCUAAUCAGAACCAUGUUUUGUUAGCCUUCCUAGCAAGCAGAUUUCGACUGGUUAAACGCAUCUUAUGUCGAUUAUGCGCGCAUAAAAACGAUUGAAACGCCACUCCUAGGACAGGGGGAGGAUGGCUCACCAACAAAGCCCACCUGACACGUCCCAGAAGACGGAGCACCCGGAGUCUGAUAGCGAUUCAGACCGAGACUCUGGUGUUGGGGACGACGCAGUUGAAGAAGCUGAUAGUUGCCAUAUAUACGGUUCGACUGAAGUAGAUGAGGCUAAGAAGGAAGAUGGUGUGAAGGAUGAAGACUCCACAGUGUUUGUUGCCUUUCAAGGGAACAUGACUGACGAGGAUUUCGCUCAAAAACUUGACUCGGUUCUCAACGGGAUACCCAACGUGCUUAAUAUGGGCUCUGAAAAGCUGCAGCCACGGCGUGUAGAGCCAUGGAACAGUGUCCGCGUUACCUUCAACAUUCCCCGAGAUGCCGCCGAGCGUCUCCGGCUGCUGGCCCAGAACAACCAGCAGCAGCUCAGAGACCUGGGCAUCCUCUCUGUGCAAAUAGAAGGCGAGGGAGCAAUCAAUGUGGCUGUUGGACCAAACCGAGGACAAGAAGUCAGAGUGAACGGACCAAUCGGUGCUCCUGGUCAGAUGAGAAUGGAUGGUGGCUUUCCAGGUCAGCCUGGUCCAGGAGGGGUAAGGAUGCCCAACCCGUCAAUGGGUCCACGUGGGCCAGGCAUGCCGGUUCAGCCCAUGUUACCAGGCAGCAGUGGACAGUUACACGCUCGUGCACAGAGACCACCUUUACAAACAGAUGUGAUGGAUCCAAUGAUGCCGGUCAUGUCAGUUCAGCAGCAGCAGCAGCAGCAGCAGCAACAACUUCAGCACCAACAGGGUGCUCCACAUGGUUCAGGCCCCAUGUCUGCUCAGGCUGCACAUCACAUGCAGGCUCUGCAGGCGGGGAGGCCGCUCAACACCGCUGCCCUGCAACAUCAUCACCAACAGCAGCAGGCCCAGCAGCAAGCUCAGCUCGGACCGCGGCCUCCGUUCAACCCUCCGGGCCAAAUGGGCGCGCCUCCUGGCUGGAAUCAGCUGCCCUCUGGCGUACUGCAGCCACCAGCAGCCCAAGGAGGUCCUGCCUGGAGAAAACUUCCCCCUCAAAACCAGAUGGUUCAACGGCCACCGUCCAUAGCUACAGUUCAGACCCCCAAUCACCCUCCGCCCCCGUAUCCAUUUGGCAGCCAGCAGGCUGGCCAGUUAUUUAAUGCAAUGGGGCAAGGACAGUUACAGCAGCAGCAGGCGGGGGGAAUGGGUCAGUUUGCUGCGCCGCAACCUAAAGGCCAACAGGCUGGUCCCGGUGGUGUCAGCGGACCGCCCAGACCCCCGCUACCCUUACCGUCAACGUCCGGACCACAGAGCAACAUCACUGCCAAGUCUCCUGGAUCAUCUUCGUCUCCUUUUCAGCAAGGUUCUCCGGGGACACCUCCUAUGAUCGGUCCGAGGCCUACAACUCCUCAGGGCUUCCCCCAGGGUGUCGGCUCACCAGGCAGAGCAGCUCUCGGCCAACAGGGUAACAUGCAGCAAGGAUUCAUGGGAAUGCCCCAACAUGGGCAGCCUGGAGCCCAAGUUCACCCGGGCAUGGGAAAGCGUCCUAUGGGCUUCCCAAACCUGAACUUUGUUCAGGGUCAGGUGAGUGCCGGCACUCCAGGAACCCCCGGAGCAACUCAGCAGCUGCAGAACAACCAAGGCAUAACUCACACAGGAGCCCAGCCAGCAGCAUCCACUCCAAACUCGAUGCAGGGACCACCCCACAUUCAGCCCAAUAUAAUGGCUGGUCAAAGUAGUAUGGCAGGCCCACCCCCCGGUUCCACGGCCGGUGCUGGUAUGGGCCAGCAGCAGCCUGGCCUCCAGACCCAAAUGAUGGGCCUCCAGCAUCAGGCCCAGCCUGUGUCCUCCUCCCCCAGCCAGAUGGUUCAAGGCCAGGGUGGAGGUCAGACUGUCCUUUCAAGGACCAUUGGUCAAGGGCAGAGAGGAGGGAUGACCCCACCUAAGCAAAUGAUGCCACAGCAAGGCCAGGGGGUGAUGCAUGGGCAGGGUCAGAUGGUUGGAGGCCAAGGGCAUCAGGCCAUGCUCCUGCAGCAGCAGCAGCAGCAACAAAACUCCAUGAUGGAGCAGAUGGUUGCUAACCAGAUGCAAGGAAACAAACAGGCGUUCGGGGGGAAGAUUCCACCUGGGGUUAUGCCUGGCCAGAUGAUGCGGGGCCCUUCGCCCAAUGUUCCCGGCAACAUGCCUCAGUUCCAGGGCCAGGUCGGCCCACAGCAGAUGACUCCGCAGCAGCAGCAGCAAAUGGCUCAACUUCAGCAGCAACAGCAGUUGCAGCAGCAUCAGCUGCAACAACAGCUUCAGCAGCAGCAGCAGCAGCACCAACAGAUGAACCAACAACAGCCCCAGCAGGUCCCGAUAGCUGGCAAUCCUAAUCAGAGUAUGGGAAUGCAUGGGCCACAGAUGAGACUCCCUGCUGGUCAUCAUCUCAUUCAACACCAGCAGCAACAGUUGCAACAACAGCUUCAUCAACAAAAACAACAACAGGCUAUGUUGCAGCAGCAGCAGCAACAACAACAGGCAGCCCAGCAACAUCAGCAUGUCAUUGGAGAUCCAAAUAGUGGAACAGGGGACUUAGGUGUGCAGCAGAUGGUCCCCGAUAUGCAAGCCCAGCAGCAGCAAGGCAUGAUGGGAGCCCCCCAGCAUAUGCAGUUGGGGAAUGGUCACUUUCAAGGUCAUGGCAUGAACUUCAACCCACAGUUCCCUGGUCAGAUGCCAGUUGGAGGACCGUGUGGACAGCAAGCCGGCUUUCCCGUGAGCAAAGACGUCACACUGACCAGCCCGCUGCUGGUCAAUCUGCUGCAGAGCGAUAUCUCGGCAAGCCAGUUUGGACCAGGAGGAAAACAGGGCGCCGGUGGGGAUAAUCCAGCUAAACCCAAAAAGAAGAAGCCACCCCGAAAGAAGAAGCCCAAAGAGAGCGAUGGACAGCAGCAAGUAGAGGGACUUGGGGGUCUCGAUGGGAGUGUUGGCAUGGACGAUCCUGAAUUGCCAAAUCUUACCGGAGAGCAAGGUUUGGGUUUGGAAAGCUCAGGCCAGAAACUCCCAGAUUUCCCUAAUAGACCUGCAGGUUUUCCAGGUCAGACAGGAGAACAGAGAGUGCUGCAACAGGUGCCCAUGCAAUAUAUACAACAACAACAACAGCAGCAGCAACAGCAACAACAGCAGCAACAACAACAACAACAACAACAGCAGCAGCAACAACAACAGCAACAUCAUCAGAUGCAACAAAUGCAACAGCAGCAUAUACAGCAACAGCAAAUGCAGCAGCAGAGACAACAUCAAAUGCAGCAGCAGCAAAUGCAACAGCAACAACAACAGUUACAAAUGCAACAACAACAGCAGCAGCAGAUUAUGCAAAUGCAAAAUCUUCAGAAUGCUCAAGUGCAGCAAGGGAUGCCGGGGUCACAAGCUCCAGGUCAAAGCCAACCACAGAUGCAUCCUCAUCAGCUGCAGCAGCAACAACAACAACAACAACAACAACAACAACAACAGCAACAACAACAGCAGCAACAACAACAACAACAAUCACAACAGCAGCAGUUGCAGCAGCCCAGCCUACAGCAGCAGCAACAAAUGAUGAUGAUGCUAAAGAUGCAACAGGAGCAAUCCAAGAAUCGCAUGCCUAUUCCCCCUGGAGGGCAACUCCCUCCUCGAAGUGUAGGCAAUCCAACCGAGGUGCAGCGGCAUCCUGUGUCGCAGCAGGGCAACAUGCCUGUAAUGAUCAACCUUCAAGGCCAUGGGGGUGUCCCACCAUCCCCUGACAAAGCCAGGGGAAUUCCCCUAAUGGUGAACCCACAACUUUCAGGUGCUGCGCGGAGAAUGUCCCAUCCAGAUGUAGGGCAGGGACCCCAGGGCAGUGGGUCUGAGGAGGUCUCUACUGGUCCCCACACAAAGCAAGACAGGCCUAGUGGCCCUGAAAUCGGAGGUCAAUCUGGAAAUGGGGCCCAGCAGAUCAUAACCACCCAGAGUUCCAACCCUCAAAUGAUGAAGCAGGGUCCUGGUCAAACACAGAUGCCGCAGCAUACCGGUGCCAGUCCUCAGCAGCAGUUAACCACUCAACCCCAACAAGGAGGCCACAUGCCUGGCCUUCAUUUCCCCAGUGUCCCUACGUCCUCACAGAGCUCAAGGCCCAAAACCCCAAACAGAGCGAGCCCCCGGCCGUACCACCACCCCCUGACUCCAACCAAUCGACCACCCAGCACCGAGCCCUCAGAAAUCAACCUUUCGCCCGAAAGACUAAAUGCCUCCAUUGCAGGGUUGUUUCCUCCCAAAAUUAACAUUCCUCUUCCUCCACGACAGCCAAACCUUAACAGGGGGUUUGACCAGCAGGGUCUGAACCCAACAACUCUGAAAGCCAUUGGCCAGGCUCCCCCUAGCCUAACUCUACCAGGCAACAACAACAACGGCAAUCUAGGAGGAAACAACUCCAACAAUCAACAGUCCGCUGGGGCUGGCGUAGGGGUGUUAGGCGCUAAGCAAGACAAACAGGCCGGGGGUCAGAAUAAGAGGGCGAGCCCCAGCAACAGUCGUAGGUCAAGUCCGGCCUCCAGCCGAAAGUCUGCCACUCCAAGUCCAGGAAGGCAAAAGGCGUCAAAAAACACCAUGAACUGCCCUCCUCACCAGCAGCAGAUGGUAAAUCCUCAGGGACAAACCAUGAUGCUAAGCCCGUCCUCGGUACCUCAAAGUCCAGCAUCUAUGCCUUCACAAGUCGGUGGAGGCAUAGAGAUGCAGCAGAGCCAGACCCACCAUGGUAUUCAUGGAAACCCUGUUGAUGGAUUUAGGGAAAGUCAAGGAUUAAUGCCACAAGAGCAGCGACAGAUGCCACAACAGCAAGCCCAGACACAGCAAUUCAGGGAUUUAUCAUCGUCCAGAAUGGCGAGUCCUCGUAUGCCGGUGCAUCAGGUACCCAAACCGGAGGUCGAAAUGCAGACCAACGCAGUUGACAGACCCCCGACACACCCAGCAACCGGACAGACCCCAGAGAGCUCGUCUGCUCUUAGAGGAGCUCCGACAUCCCUCAACCAGUUACUGGAUAACUCAAAUACUCCGAACGUGUCGCUUCGACCCACACAACCAGGGAACGACAACCACAAGUCUGCUUUGGAUCCAGACAGGCCUCAAUCCAGCAGUUCUCAGAAUGGAGAUAAGUCGACAUCCGUCGUUACUGGUGGCGCUGCUGCUGCGAAUAACGCUCUGGCUGUGUCUAAAUCUGCUCCUAAUCCCACCAGUGGUUCUGCCUUGCCACUUACUUCAGUUCCAAGCUCGCACCCUGCCACCGCUGUAAACUCCAGUAGUACCCUUAGUCUUAAACAAAACCCAUUACCCAGCCUUUUAAACCCAAACGUAAAUCCAGCAGCCACUCAUUCCAGCUCAGUGUGCAUUAACACCAGUGCCGGUCCGGGUCUUGGCACCAGUACACCUACUUCUGGUCAGAACACUUCUGCCUCGACGGUUAGUGCCGGUUCUGCAGUAAACCCCGCCAACUCGGCUGUUAAACAAAGCCCCAGUCCGAAACCUGUGACGAGUGUUCAGUCAGUCAUACAGAUCCCCACGUCGUCGAGCAACAUUUCCCCCAACCAGAUAACGGUGUUUGUGACAUCAACACCCAUCACAUCUGCCCCCACCUCACAGGUGCCUACAUCUAUGGUAUCCACCAUGGUUGCCGUCCCCAAUAAGAAUAUAAGGCCUCAGGACAUCCGGCAUCAGAGCUCUGGCCCUCGACCUGCACAGUUUAUCACCACUACUCCUGUAUUUAUUAACCCGAUUUUUCAGGUCCCGGCGUCCUCCAUGGCCCCCAAUUCCACAGUUGUAUCACAGUCGGUAACCAUGGUGGGGUCCCUGCAAGUCUCGGCUGGAAACAUCCAUCUCUCUCAUGCCCCAAGUUCCUCACAGACCACAGGGGCUAUCAUGACAAGCUCUCAGUCCAACAGGAGUGCUCUCGGACAGGUCCACAUAGCCACUAGUAUGUCCUCAUCCGGGCCAGUUAGUACUCUCUUAGCUCCUCAGCAAUUUAACCAAGGAGGUAUGAAAACAGAAACUCCCAGUGAGGCGAGUUCCUCUCAGAAAUCUGCUCUCUCGGCCCAUCAGCCUUCUCCCCACCCGGGUCCUUCUGUAUCAACUUCCUUUCAGCUGCCUCUGGCUUCUCCGCCUCCUUGCUCCAGUCCCAUGGCUGUUAACCCCGUUCGUAAGAGUCCCGUGCCUCCGUCGCCUACUUCCCAAAUGAAAACAAUGCCAACAUCAGCCACCGUAUCCAGCUCUGUCAAAGGCGACUCCCAGCCAAGUACUGUAGAAAGGCCUCUCCAGGGGCAUGCAGGGGGUGUCCCACAGCCGGUCUUCUUUCCUCCUGCUAAUCAGACUGACGGACAGGCUCCUCAUACUACAGCUUAUGGUUCGACUAGCAAUCCAUCUGUAGUUUCUUCUCAAAUCCCUUGCCAAGCUGCGGUUCCCACCCAGAGUGUUGGUCAGGCUUCUCCGCCAGCUUCAGUCCCAAAUCAACCACCGCCUGUAAAUUCUCAAGCUCCUGUUGUGACUGUAGUUGGCGCUGGGGUUUCUUCCAGCACUUUGCUCUCUACAGUCACUCCCAUACAAUCUCCUGUAACAUCUGUUCUUCCAAUUGUUGCUGCAAGCGGACCCGGUGAGGCUUCCCACGCCGCCGCCUCCUCCUCUCCGCCUGGUAUUGGCAGCGGAGUCCCAGCUAGCCAGUCCAAUUCCCCCGCUGCGGAGCCUUCCUUACUGCCAGCAACGGCACCUGCUGAAUCCACCCAGACCAACCCAGCACCCCUUCAAGCAGAAGCUUCACAGGAACCUGCCUCGACUGAGAAGACUGGUGAGGACAUCUCAACAGGUUCUGAGCAAGGAUGGGCAAAGAAAAGAAAGACGCCCAUCAACAUAGUCCCAAGAGCUGCUGUGGAGAAGCCCAAGGGGCCAAGCAGACGGAGCUCCAGGGCUGAGAAGGAGGUGGAGGAGGAGCCAGCAGUAGACAGUGGCAUCAGGAAGAGAUCAGCCAGGCCUGGAACAAGUGCUGCAGUUAAAGAAACGGCAGCGAGCCCGACCCAGGCCAAACGAAGGAAGUCUAAAUAGGCCCAACAGCGGUUGUUUACCUGUGAACUGUACUGUAAAUGUUUCUGUUUUUCUGCUGUGAAUCAGUUUAGUUCCCCCGGCUCAGUGUAAAACUUCCAUUAGACGAAGAUACUAUGUACAGAUCGUUUUAUGAAAAGAAAUGAAGCUAUUGUUUUUGUUGAAGCUUAUAUGUGUGAUUGUAGCUAGAAUGUGUGCAUACAGUUUGUGUGAAUGUGCUUUUUUUUUUUUUCUUCUUCGAUAAAAUGCUGGAUUAAUCAUGAAGCUUGACAAUGAAACUCACCAUUUACUGUAUGAUUAAGUUGUAAAAUUGAAUUAAAUUUUCUACUGCUUUCGUUCCGUGAAAUUACAUGCUGGUUAAUUUUAUUAACCGAAAGUGAUUGUUUUAUUUUUUUUAUGUUACUAGAACUGCUUGUGCGUACAACGAACUGUAUUCCGUCCAACCAAGGGUAAUAAAUUCAAGAGGGGAACCAAACGGUCCCUCUCCCCAGU